UGAUAUUGAUGAUGUGAUAACAAUAAAUCCUGAAUUAUCAGAAGAAGUGCCUGCUGCAGAUGUGAAAGAGAACCUUCCUUUGCAAGAGAAUGUAACUGUACAGAAACAGAAGCGUAGAACAACUCUUUCAAAAAUUCCUGCCCCACGGGAAGUUGCAGCAGUGACACCUAAUGUCUCUGCACCUGAGCAGAAGAUUCCAGCUGUGCGUGGCCGUUCCAGGAUGUCUGUUAUCACAGAAUCUCAGGGCAGCCUCCAGGAAAAUGAGAUGGGGGUAGAUCCCUGCACUUCUACACAAACCAGAAACAAUUCGUCAGUUCCUGCUGGCCGAACCAGGACUAGCAAGCUCAGCUGUGCUCCAGAAGCCUCAUUGACAAAUAGAAAUGGAAAUACAGAGGAUCAUCUGCCUGCUGCUAGAAUGAGCUCUUCAGUGAGCCCAGUUCGGAGAAGAUCUAACAUUGUGAAAGAGAUGGAAAAAAUGAAAAACAAGAGAGAAGAAAAGAGAGCUCAAAUUAGUGAAAUCAGGACAAAACGUGCACAGGAAUUUGACACCAGCUGUCCAAACUGGGAGUUUGCACAGAUGAUCAAGGAAUUCAGAGCAACUUUAGACUGCCAGCCAAUAUCUAUAACUGAUCCAAUGGAGGAACACAGGAUUUGUGUCUGUGUGAGGAAGCGCCCUCUCAAUAAACAAGAACUACUAAAAAAGGAAUGUGAUGUGAUUACUGUUCCGAGCAAGUGUGUCCUGCUGGUGCAUGAGCCAAAGCAGAAAGUGGACCUAACAAAAUACCUUGAAACCCAAGCAUUUAGAUUUGACUUCUCAUUUGAUGAAUCCUCUUCUAAUGAAAUGGUAUACAGGUUCACUGCCAGACCUCUUGUAGAGACCAUCUUUGAGGGUGGGAGGGCGACAUGCUUUGCAUAUGGCCAGACAGGCAGUGGCAAGACACAUACUAUGGGCGGAGACUUCUCUGGGAAAGCACAGAAUGCCUCAAAGGGAAUAUAUGCUUUUGCAUCACAAGAUGUCUUCCUCCUCCUAAACCAGCCCAGGUACAGGAGUCAAGACCUGGAAGUCUAUGUGACUUUCUUUGAAAUAUAUAAUGGAAAGGUGUUUGACCUCUUGAAUAAGAAGGCAAAGCUUCGAGUCCUGGAGGAUGGCAAGCAGCAGGUCCAGGUUGUUGGUCUCCAAGAGAGACAAGUCGGCUGUGCUGAGGAUGUCAUCAGAAUGAUUGAGAUGGGCAGUGCCUGCAGGACAUCUGGGCAGACUUUUGCAAAUGCUAGCUCUUCACGGUCACACGCCUGCUUCCAAAUCAUACUACGCCAAAGAGGUAAACUGCUUGGCAAAUUUUCCUUGGUGGACCUGGCAGGAAACGAGAGGGGUGCAGACACAUCUAGUGCUGAUCGGCAGACACGAAUGGAAGGUGCAGAAAUCAACAAGAGCUUGCUGGCUUUGAAGGAAUGUAUCCGAGCCUUAGGGCAGAACAAAUCUCAUACCCCUUUCCGGGAGAGCAAGCUGACCCAGGUGCUAAGAGACUCUUUUAUAGGAACAAAGUCAAGGACCUGUAUGAUAGCAAUGAUUUCUCCAGGCAUGAGUUCGUGUGAGUACACCUUAAACACACUGAGAUACGCUGACAGAGUGAAAGAACUCAGUCCUCAUAAUGGAGGUGGUGAAACACAGAAUCAGAUGGAGACUGAGGAAACAGAGACCAGUGGAGAAGGCUCAGGUCUUCAACACAAUUUCUGCAAGGAUGAGGAGGAAGAUCUCUCCCCGCACAUGUUCAGCUUUCGUGAGGCUAUGACUCAAAUUAGUGAACGGGAGGAGAAGGUUGUAGAACAGCUUAGAGAACUGAGACAGAGAAUGAUGACUGAACUUGACUACCUCUUGGGAAUCACGGAGCAACCAGACUAUGAUCUCGAGACCUUUGUGAGCAGAGCUAAGUACUUCAUAGAGGAGAGCUCAAGAAAUUUCCUUGGUGUCAGAGAAACGCUGGAUGCCCUGGGGGCUGCCAUGCAACUGGAGGAGCAAGCCAGCAAGCAGAUGAACCGGCAGAGGCCUUAG